CAAUAACAUCACUGAGGAAUAAAUGUUUACUUCAGAAAUCGUCAGUGUGUAGAAAGGUUUUGAUAUUUUUUACCAAUUUUUCUUCACUUUGUGCAGUAUCUUGUAGUUAACUGUAAUGUGAAAGAAGGCACUACAAGUACAAUGGCAGAUCAAGACCAAAGUUCUCCUAUUCCUAUUGCUAAAGGAACAUAUGAUUUUGAUUUUGAUAACCUGGAUGAAGUUAAUCCUUUCCAGUCAAAAACAAAACUAGGAAAUUCUCCUCCAUUAAAUGGAAAUAAUAACAAUGAUGAAAUAUCGGUUGGUGUGACAGAUAAGUUUUCUGAUGUGAGUGAUGAUAUUGAUCCAUUUAAAAGUAGAAACAGGUUGUCUAGUUCACCACCAGUUAAACUAGUCAAUAACAAUGAAGGUGAAAUUGACGGCCACAAAUUACUCGAAGAAGAAUUAGGAAAUCUCAACAUUAAUGAUAACAUUUUAGACAUACCUUAUGGUGAAGAACCGGAAAAAGUGUCUCCCAAAAAAGCUUCUCCCAAAAAAUCUGCCCAAAAGAGUAAGUCAUCUGUGACUGCAUCUCCUGGGUCCAAACCUGAAAAAGAUGACACAGAAAGGUUAAUUCAGUCUCCAUCUAAAAGUGAGAAUCUUGCUGAACCAGAGUCACCUAAAGCGCAAGAUGAUAUUGUUAACAUGGAAAGAAAACUUGAGUCACCAAUGUCUAAAACUUUGGAUUCUGAUCAAUGCCGUGAGGAAAAUGUAAAUGGAGUCAAGAGUUCACCAGAAUCUAAAACACAGAAAAAAACUCCAACCCCAAAGAAAGGUAUAAAGAAACCCAAAUCAGCUGUAAAGAAGACACCGAAAAAAUUUGUGGACUUAGAUGAUGAAAUACAGAUAUUUGCACCAGAAUCACCUGCCCAACAAAAUGACAAGGGUCCAGAUCUUGAAGAUGAUAAUAUGCAGAUUUUUGCUCCACCACCACCACAACACGUGGAAAAUGGUUCUAAACAAAUAAACAAUACUGAUCUGGCUGAUAUUGAUGGUAGAAAUAAAGUUAAUGAGCUUGAUACAGGUGAUGAUAUUCAGAUAUUUGCGCCAUCCCCACCAGAACAUGGAGAAAAUAGUCCUGUGCAAGCAAAAAAGCCUGAUAUGACACUUGAUGGUGAAGCUUUAAAUAUCAAUAAGCUUGAUAGAGAUAACCAGAUAUUUGCUUCCCCUCCGCCAUUUGUAGAUAGUCCUCAACCAGAUCAAGCUGAUUCUGCAAAAGCAUCUGAGCCAAAUGUAAAUAAUUGUCAUGGCGAAGAAGUUGAUGGUAAUACUUCAGGUGAUGAUGAUAUUACAUUUCAUGAUGCACAACAGGAUAUCAGUGAAGUGCCAUCUGGUAUGACUGCAUCCGCUGAUCUAAGAUUAGCCCAUCAAAUGGCUGGUAGUUUAGAUGCAGUUCAUGAAUUUGGUGCUGGAGAAGAUGCAGAAAUGAGUGAAGAUAAUGAGGGAUUUGUACCAGCUACCGAUGCAUUUUCAGAUAGUGCUAAUUGGGAGAUGUUAGAAAAAAUAGGAGUUGGAGAUUCUAAGUGUGCAUUAACUUUAGGCAGAGAAUCUCUUUAUGUAGCAUUUGAUCCUUAUGUACAACCAAUAAGACCAGCUGCUGAAGUUAUACCAGAAAAAGAGGAAGAAACCACUCCCCCGAGAUUUGCAACAAAUUCUUCUUUAUCAAGUGAAAAGGAUUUACUGCAAUUGAAUACACCUUCACCCUCUUCAGUAAAACAGAAAAGUAAAAAUCAUCCUGCUGCUAGAAAACUACAAGACCAGUUUGAAGCGAAAUCUGUACCACCGAACCAAGAUGUAGAUAGAUUAUUAUUUAGUACUAGUCCAAUUGUAUCAACAGACACCAAGUCACUGGCCUCCGACAAUCUUCAUUUUAUUGAGGGCAGCGACAUACAAGAUGCUUGGGUUGACCAGAUUCAUAAUUACACGGAGAUUGAAGACUCCUCUCGUCUAUCCCAAGAUUCAGUAGAUAACUAUUCAUGUUUAAAUGAUAAUCAGGAACUGUGUGAAGAUGGUACAGAAUUUGACCAUGGCGAGGACCGCAAUAUGGCUGGACAUGAUCAAGUCGUUCAGUUGGUCCAGGGUGUUAAUACUGGUGAACAGGUGAUGAAAUAUUCCCAGUCAGAAUGGAAUAAAAUGAAACAAGAAUUAGAAUUAUCCUUUCAAUCUGAAUUAUUAAAUAAAGAAAAAGAAUGGAGCAAAAAAUUAGCUGACCGAGAUAAGAAACUUGCUCAUAUGGAAGAAAAACAUCGAAAAGCGCAACAGACAAAUGAAGAUAUGAGGGCUGUAGUGGCUGAAUUUGAAAAAACUAUUGCACAAUUACAAGCUGAAAGACAGAAGUCCUGCCUUAAUUCUCAGCAAUCCUUACAAGAUAUAAUGAAAGAACGAGACCAAGCCUUAGAAGAUCUGAAUUCCGUGGAAACUGCAUUUUCUGAUUUACAUCGGCGCUUUGAAAAAGCGAAGGGUGUAGUGGAAACAUUUAAAAAGAAUGAAGAAGCUUUAAAGAAAUGUGUUGAAGAAUAUCAAGAAAAAGAUAAGAAAUCUAAAGCUAAGUUACAAGCUUUAAAACAACAAGCAGAAGAAAAAUUAGAACAAGCACAUCAUGAUAUAGAGAAAGUGAAAAAAUCAACAUAUACAGAUAUUGCUAAAUUAGAAGCUGCUUUAAAGAAAUCUGAAAUACAAAUAAAAGGAUUAGAACAUAGCUUAGAACAGAAGAAAAGAGAAAAUGAAGAAUUAACUAAUAUAUGUGAUGAAUUGAUAUCUAAAGUUGGACAAAAUUGAAAAGGGUUUUCUUGGUGCUAAACAAAAGAAGCCAGAGACUUAAUAAGUCAUCAUCUAAAGCAUCCAUUAUCUAUUCAUCUUCAUCAUCUAACUUGUGAUACAACUUUAUUAUACUGUAGUUACAUACACACGCUUUAUAUUUGGAUUGAGUCUUAAGUUUUGGGAUAUUUGUGCCAUAUUGUAUUGUAUAGUAAACCAGCCAGUGUUUCUAUCACAUAAGGUGUGAGAAGUGAUCAUUUUAUGAUGUGUUAUAUGGAUUAAGAAAUAUUUUUCAGUUUUAUUAAUGACACCAUUGCCUCUUUUUGUUAAAGAGUAAAUCCGUUUCAAGUUGUUUAUGAGAUUGAUGUUUAUUAUUAUGAUUCAUUAACCGAUUUGAAAUUGUUUUGUUUUUGUAUGGAGUGGUGCUGUGUUUAUUUUAUGUAAUGAUAUUCUCAUCUGUAACAACAGCUGAUAUUAAUAAACGACUGUGUACAUCUACAAUAUCCGGGAUAAAAUAACUGAAUGCUUUUGUUACAGGAAAUUACAUGUCUAAUCUCUUAUAUGCAUUUAUUUAUGAAAUAAUUAUUGUUUUGUUCAUUGAUAAAGUAGAAUAUAUUUUAAAAGCAUCAACAAAAAUAGUAUAGACUAUUAGUUGAUUCAUACAAAUACUAGGCCCCAUUUGACUAUAAUAUUUCAUCACAGCAGAAUAGUCUUGAAUAUUUUAAGACACUUUUGAAGACAUUUUUAAACAAUCACAAAUCACUAGAGUUUUAUUAUUUUAUUGGUAAGCUUACCCUUGAAACUUGAUGUUUCUUUAAAAUACAAAUGUCAAACUGUAUUAAAUGUAUAAUUAAUGUCAAUGUCUAUAAAAAUUAUAUAUAGCUUAUUGAAGUGUAAAAAAUAUGUCACUAAUUUUGAAAUGAAAAAGGAUUAAUUAAAAUAUAUUGUGAAGAUAUUAUGUUUCUAUGUACAGUCUUAUAAGACGCCACUGGAAUUCCACAUUAUUACAAGUUAUUGUUUAUGAAAUUAUAUUUCUGUUAAAUUGGUUAUGUAAUUAUCAAUUCAUGAUUUGAUAUGCCAUGUUGUGCCUUGCUUUCACUAUGUUAAUUUGUUACUGUUUAAACCAUUUUCUGAAACCAUAUAUGUAUCUUGCUAACACAAUGGGUCGCUUUAUUUCUUGUAUAAUAAAUAACAACAUCUUAAUGUGGUUUGAUUGUUUACUGCUGGUAUUGAGAAGCUGUCCUCGUAUUGCAAGUAACUAUAGAAAGGUAACGAGCAAUGUGAUUGGUAGAAAUAUCUAGGGUGUUGAAAUAUGUUAGUUACAGUAAUGAUUAUUCAUUAUAUCAUUACUAUGUAAUUUAUAUGCAAUUGUGUCAGAUAUAUUUAUGUGUAAUUUAUUUUCAUUACUAAAAAUAUAACAUUUGUGUUUUAAGGUGCUUAAAAUUGAAUAAAUAAACAGUAUGCUACAAUACAUGUAAGUAAGUAAUGGAUUAAUGUGUCAAUGCACUAAUAACAACUACACAACAAUAUAACAAAAUAUGAUACUAUAAUUCACCAGAAAACAAAUAAUUAUAGUACUUUCUGCUAUUAGUUUACUGGCAUUACAUUGGUUUCAAUAUUCUGCAUUGCUAAUACUGGUUGAAUGUGAUGGAACACUUACUAUAAGGCUCUUAAUGUUUGGUAGUGGAAGCUGAUAUAUUUUUUAUUUUAAUUAAAAGGAUUAAUGUUACAUGUUAUAAAGAGAGUGCAGUGAGACAAAUUCAAUUUGCAUUAAAGUGGGAAAACUUCUACUUCUACACCAAGCUUAUUGCAAGAAAACCAAUUCAUCAAAUUGUAUAAUUUAUGACAUAUUGUUUAUUUUAUGCCAUUCAGGCGCUUAUGUUAAGCAGAUUUAAUGGGUUAAGCUAGAUCACUUUGUCAUCUGAAUACAAAGGUGCGGCUAAUAAACCUGUUUAAAACCCUAGCUUGCAACCUGUCAUCUAGAAAGCUUUUUGGUUACCCUGUUUCUUUUGGUUGGUUUUUUUUUUCAAUGUCUGGCUUGGUUUAUAGUAGUGUGGACCCUACACUCACCUUGCUUAGCUGACGUUUUUUUUAAACUGGCUUAAAUAUAAGUGCCUGUAUGGCUUAUUAGAUUUAAACUUCACAUGAUAAUUUUAUUGAUUUUACUAAAAGCUCAUUAUGUUAUAAUGGUCAUGUUACAUAGUCAGUGUGUCCAUCAAAACAUAAAAUAUAUCAAGUUAAAGUCAGCAUUGAUUUACUAGGUACUAUCAGGAGAUUAAAGACAUUUGAUUAUAAUGAAAGAAAGCAUGAAGAUUAGCUUAGCCCGCUUCCACUUAAUAAUUUAUUAUUUUAUAAUAUGUAGGAACAUUUCCAGAAAGAAACUAUAUUAACUGGUUGUAAUUAAAGAAAUUGUAUAAUUUAUUGUAUUUGUAUAAUUCACUAUGUAAUUAUUCUCUUGUAUAUAAAAUAAAACUAUAGUUCCAUC